UGAGCUGAGGGGAGCUUCUGAUUAAGAGCGCUCCCCAGCGAGGCCCGAGGCCGUGAACCUUCCCAGCAAGAGGGUGGUGGUUGCUCCUGGAAGCCUGCGCCCAGCAGCUGAAGCCAUGGCCACCACCACGUGCCAGGUGGUAGGGCUUCUCCUGUCCCUCCUGGGUCUGGCCGGCUGCAUAGCCGCCACUGGGAUGGACAUGUGGAGCACUCAAGACCUGUAUGACAACCCAGUCACCGCCGUGUUCCAGUAUGAAGGGCUCUGGAGGAGUUGCGUGCAACAGAGCUCGGGGUUCACCGAGUGCCGGCCAUACUUCACCAUCCUGGGCCUUCCAGCCAUGCUGCAAGCUGUACGAGCCCUGAUGAUCGUGGGCAUUGUUCUGGGGGUCAUCGGUAUCCUCGUGUCCAUCUUCGCCCUGAAGUGCAUUCGCAUUGGUAGCAUGGAUGACUCUGCCAAGGCCAAGAUGACUCUGACUUCUGGGAUCUUGUUCAUCAUCUCCGGCAUCUGUGCAAUCAUUGGUGUGUCUGUGUUUGCCAACAUGCUGGUGACCAACUUCUGGAUGUCCACAGCUAACAUGUACAGCGGCAUGGGCGGCAUGGGUGGCAUGGUGCAGACCGUUCAGACCAGGUACACCUUUGGUGCAGCUCUGUUCGUGGGCUGGGUUGCUGGAGGCCUCACCCUGAUUGGGGGAGUGAUGAUGUGCAUCGCCUGCCGUGGCCUGACACCAGAUGACAGCAAGUGAGUCCUCCCCUUCAAAGCUGUGUCUUACCAUGCCUCUGGCCAAAAUGUUGCCUACAGGCCUGGAGGCUUUAAGGCCAGCACUGGCUUUGGGUCCAACACCAGAAACAAGAAGAUCUACGAUGGGGGUGCCCGCACAGAAGACGAUGAACAGUCUCAUCCUACCAAGUAUGACUAUGUGUAGUGCUCUAAGACCCGCCAACCUGUGUGCAGGAGGAACCCUUCCCCAAGAAGAGCUCACCCCAAAGCAACGGGAGUCUACCUUGUUCCCUUGUUGAUUUCAACUGACAUCUGAAAGUUGGUAAAGCCUGAUUUUCAUCCAUAGGGAGGCUAGACAGUCUUGGCCACAUGUGUCUGCCUCUAAAUAUCCCAUCACAAAACAGCUGAGUUAUCGUUUAUGAGUUAGAGGCCAUAACACUCACUUUAGCCCAACCCUCUGCUUUUUACCGUAGACUUUCUUUUCAUCUGGUGAUGGAAUGGAAUUUGACUCACAGACUAAUACUUUAAUGGUUUAGAGAAACUUUCCUUCCUCGUACUUAAUAAGCCUGCUGAUGGUCGAUUUUCCAGCUUGACCACCAAGGGAAAUUUUAAAAGGAAAAAAAAAUACAUUAAAAGGCAUUAUUUCCUACUCAAUUGUGCCUUACCCACCCCCAACUUGACUGAUAAUAAUAAUGAACACCACUUAAAGAAAGAAUGCCAGAGGAAAGAUAGUUGUGUUUCCCCCCAGCCAGUCAUCUGAGUCCCCCUAUGUGGUGAUCUAGAACAUUACUCGCCACAGUGAUUUUCAAAGAAGGCAAGCGAGCCUGUUCGCUCUGCUCAGCAUCUGCUGAUUCCAGCAAGGCCCUUCCAGAGCUUUCCACUAGAAGUCCUCCUUCUCUCGGAAGUCAGAAAUUCCCCCUAGAAGAGUAAGAAAUAGAUUCUUUUGGGUAACCUGAGUCCUAGGUAUAGUUAUAAUAAAUAGUAUAUUAGCAAAACGGUUUGGUAUCUCAGUGAAUUAGUUUCAGCCUUACAUAUAGAAAAAGCUGGGGAAAAAAAAGCAUCCCUUGACAUUGUCUAUAGCGUAAGAUCCUAUAUAAAUCCAAGCUUCAACAAAAGCUCACUGAGUCUAAUAGUUUUCUUUUGAGGUCUCCACGGCCUUAGUACUCAUAGAUGCAGCCCCUGUUUAAAAGUAAAAAAAUUAAAGUAGCUUAAAACGGGUUCUUUUUUUUUUUUUUUUUUUCAAAAAAUCCAAUAGAGACCUGUGUGUCUGGCAUAGCUACAGUUACUGCCAAUCGACAGGGCCACUUCUUUGGUCCUGUAGGCAGUUUUGCAGUUCUGACAGCUGCGCCGGGCAUCAAUAUGCAGACCACACCCUUCUCUGUGCUUGUAGGACGACCCGUUCAAGGAGAAAGCAUGAACUCCAUCUCCAUGUGAGCCUGAAUGCUCCCAGGAAAUGGAGAUAGGGUGCUCUCUAAAACCCACCUGAACCUGAAACAGCUGUAGCGCUAUGCUGUAAGAGCCUGGCCAUCAAGUUCCUAUGGAGAAAAAGGGCAGUCCUUGCAUUAAUAGUGCAUAUAUAAGUGGCCUCUGGGGGGCAGGGAUGAAUAUUCAGUGGUGGCUCCGAGUAUGUACAGACCGUCUAAGGAGCUGUGUUGACCAAGAGCCAGGUUAAUACGCAGAGUUUUUCCCACUGGGACUACAGUGAUUUUAGACUAUACUGAAGAAGGCCCUCUGGAAAAUCAUUAUCUGAAAUGGCAUAAAGAAUGAACAGACCAAACAAUUUAAGGGGAGGGGGCAGGUGGAAGGAGGGGGAAGGAGGUAGAAAUAAGCAAUCUAGGGCAUGAAGAUUGUUAAGGUUCUUGGGGUCCAAAUGGAAGGUCACCCCUUUGAGGCCAUGGACACAAUGCACCCCACCCCUACCCCCACCUGCCCACCCACCAGAAAGUCCCUGGUCGGACUGGAGGCAGUGAGAAUCAGCUGUUUUCAGUUAGUGGGUCUCGGUGUAGCACCUGGCUGUUUCAAAGCUUCCCCUUGCUUUGCCGUUUUUUCCGCCAUUGCUGUCUUGUUUUCUGUGUUAUUAACCUCCAUGUUUUGUACGUUAAAUAUUAAAACACUGUUAACAUCCAUUCAAA